UUGCGUGUGUCAGCUGGAAUCUUUCGGCUGAUUCUGCCAAACCAGCCCAGUUUUUUCUUGCGAAAUUGAAAAUUACUGGACCCUUUUUCUCUUCUUUGCGGAUGAGAUAAUUAAUCCAUUCAAAGUUAAAAAGCAAAAACCUGCAAUUUGUGAACGUUGUAGGCUGCGUUUCUGACAGAAUUUUUCUAAUUGUGUUUAACGUUUGGUGAAAAUGGGAAAGAAAAGGGGGAAGGACAAGAGCUCCAGAGAAGAAGAUGAAAUUGACCUGGCAGGUCCAUCCUGCAGGCAUAUAAAAAAGGGAACAGACCAAACUCUUUUAAAAAAACUCUCUGGGAAUUCCAAUUGGACAAGUUGUCAGCAUUGUAAGCAUGAAGAAAAUAAAGAAAAUAUCAGCACCACAGUGCCACAAAACUCAGAAGAGGAACAGGAAACAAUACCCAUAUGGAUGUGCUUGAAAUGUGGCCAUAUUGGAUGUGGACAAAACUCAAAGAACCAGCAUGCCCUUAAACAUUAUGAGACUCCUCGGUCAGAUCCACAUUGCCUGGUAAUCAGUUUGGACAACUGGAGUGUCUGGUGUUACAUUUGUGAUGAUGAAGUCCAUUACUCUGGAACCGGACAUUUGGCUCAGCUGGUGACCAACAUACAAAAGCAAACUUCUGUUGAUCCCAUCAAGAGACCACAGAGCAGAGUAAAGGAAGGAGACCACCUGUUGGCCGUUGAUCAGAAGACAGUGACUGUAAAUGCAGAGAAGAGUGAGGACAUUGAAAACAAGGGCCAUCAAAAGAAAAACAAGAAAGAGAGUGUUGGGAUAUCAAACAAGUCUGGCUCACCUGAAGACAAUGGAGGUGUUUCUGUAAAGGGGCUGAGCAACCUGGGAAACACAUGUUUCUUUAAUGCAGUCAUUCAGAAUCUUUCUCAAACACACAUCUUAAGACACACUCUCAACAAAGUGACAGAAGAGAAUAUUAGUCUUAACAUCAAGCCCGUUUCUUCCUCUGAUCUGGCGCCUAUUUUAACGCAGUUAGGCCAGCCUGGAUCCCUGACCUUGGCGAUGUGUCACCUACUCAAUGAGAUUCAGGAAUCAAAGAAGGGUGUGGUAACGCCGAGGGAGUUGUUUACACAAGUUUGUAAAAAGGCUGCCAGGUUCAAAGGAUUUCAGCAGCAAGAUAGCCAGGAGCUGCUGCGCUACCUUCUGGAUGGGAUGCGAGCGGAGGAGAGCAGAAGAGUAAGCUCAGGGAUCAGUGAAGCAUUGAAAGAAUCUAGAAAUGGCGCAGAUGGAGAGCAGCUGAAAACACUAAUGAAAGAAUACGAAAAAAAUGGAUGUCCCAAAAACUUUGUCGACCAAGUUUUUGGUGGGGAAAUGACCAGCACUGUAAUGUGUCAGCAGUGUAAAACGGUGUCUGUAGUCACAGAGAUGUUUUUGGACCUUUCCCUUCCUGUUUCUGAUGAGGCAUACAGAAAGAAGAACCAGAAAAAAGCAGUUCAGAGCACCAGUGAGUCGAGCCAGGAUGAGAGAAACAGCCCUGCUUUGACAAACGGGAAUAGUGACCUUCCCUCCGGGUCCGGCAGCAAGUACCAGCAGAAGAAGGCAAAGAAACAGGCAAAGAAGCAGGCAAAGCAUCAAAAGAGGCAGCAAAAAAUGGAGGACAAAGUCACUUUGGACAAUCUCUCCUCUCCGAGCCAGACAGAGAGUGAACAGACCGAUGCUACUGCAGAUGCAAAGGACGGGGAAAAUGCUGACAAUGCAACCGAUGAAGAAGCCUCACUCAGUGAGGGCAGUCCUGCACAAAUCAGUGGGCCUGAACAGGACCUGCAGAACCUGAAUCCGGUCCAGGAUACGGACAAAGAGGAAGACGUGGAUUCAGUUAUCGAUUGCGACUCAUCGGUCAGCAACCGUUUUACUGUCCUUUCAGAUGAGCAGCCUUCAAAGGACACCGUUUCAGACGAUGACAAAAUAUCUGAAAUGGAUCUGGAAAGGGAAGAAGAUGACACACAGCUGGUGAGUGAUAUGGAGAACGUAGCCCUGGAUGACACCCACUUGGAAGAAUCGAAUGCUGUGGAUACAGCAAUGGAGAGUGAAGAUGAGUCACUGGGGGCAAAGGAGUACACUGUAGUGACUCAGGACCCUGAGCUGGCUUUCUGCACAUUGGCUACCAGAACAGCCCCGGAGAAACAGGAGUGUUCAGUCCAGUCAUGCCUUUUUCACUUCACUGAAGUGGAAACCCUCACGCAGAACAACAGCCUGCUGUGUGUCACUUGCACAAACAAAGACAAAGUUGGAGGAUCCAAGAAGAAUGUCUACACUGAUGCCUUGAAGCAAAUGCUGAUCUCUUCGCCCCCACCAGUGCUUACCCUUCAUUUGAAAAGGUUUCAACAGAAUGGAUACAGUAUUUGCAAGGUGAACAGACAUGUCAGUUUCCCCCUGAUACUGGAUCUAGCUCCCUUCUGUGUGGUUAAAUGUGAGAACUUGACCGAGGGAGAUACUCAGGUUUUGUACAGUUUGUAUGGCAUCGUAGAGCACAGCGGAACAAUGAGGUCAGGUCAUUACACAGCAUAUGUGAAAGCACGAUCUGAGUGCCAUAAACCCUCAUCUAACGGAUUCAUAGCUGAAGGACCUGAAGCGCCACCCAGAGGAUACUGGUUCCAUAUCAGUGACACAAGUGUUCAACCUGUGAGUGAGAGUAAAGUCCAGGGUUGCCAAGCCUACCUCCUCUUCUAUGAAAGAAUCCUCUGAUGGACUCUGCCUCAUGAC